AUGCCCAGCAGUCCCGAGUCAACUGACGCUGAACCGGUGCGGUCGCCCAGACACGCGCGGUCGCAGAGAAAAAAUCUAGCUGGCUUAGAUUUCGACCCAGAGGAAGGUGACGAAGAAUACAACGAAGAUGCUGACGAGUCGGUGGUGAAAGAUGAGGAUGGAGAUGAGAUCGAUGACGACGAUGACGAUGACGUCGAUCCUGCAGAUGUAGACGACGAUGACUUGAUUCCUCCGCCAAAGAAGAGAAGAGGCAGAAAGAGAAAGGCCACCAACGAGCUUCCCGAGGACCUAGAUGAUGACGAGGAGCCGGCUUUGGAUGCGGGUGAGAAAGAAGCUGAAAAGAACGAUGAUCCUGCUGUUAAGGCCGAAACUGGAGAGCCAGAAGAGCCGGUUGUAAGAAAGAAGAAGAGAGGUAGAAAGCCUAAGAUUCCGCGUCCCGACGACAUUUUCUACGACGACAAGGGUAACGAAAUCAACGUUCAGAACGACGAGAUUGUUUUGGACAAUGAGGAUCCGAAGGGUUUGGAGAAGAUCGAUAAAUUGGGCUUCUUGCAAGGUGAGAGAAAGUUCCGCGUCAAAACGUUUACUGUUUUCGGUAAGGGCGAGAGACAAUAUAUGGUUUCCACUGAGCCUGCCAGACUCGUGGGUUUCAGGGACUCCUAUCUUCUCUUCAAGACGCACCUGUCGUUGUUCAAGAAGGUCUGCACCAACGAGGAGAAAAUGGAUUUGAUCCGUCGUCACUUAAUUCCAACGUCGUAUAAAGGUAGAGCUGUGAAUCUUGUCACUGCUAGAUCCAUCUACCGUGAGUUUGGCGCUCGGAUGAUUGUGGACGGAAAGAAGGUCACAGAUGACUUUUGGGAAGAACAGGCUAGAGAAAGAGGUGAUGUUGAAGGAGAGCCAGCGGAAGUUGAAGAGUUUGUGGCUAAGGGUCCUACCCUGGCUCCAGGUGAUAUCAAUCAAUUCCAAGCUCAAGUCACAGGCUCUGCUCUAAUCCAAUACCAAACAGACCCAACUUGGAUGUACCAGGUAGCCUUACAGACCUCAGAAUAUAAUAAGGGAUUGACUGAGCUGCGAAGCCUUGUUUGGGCCCGCGGUGUGAAGGACAACUACAGUGGUUUCAACUUCUUCCCUUCUGCUAGUCAGCCAACACAAUCAAAAAUAAUUAAAGUGGCUGAGUCUAGCAACGGAAAAACCCUUGACUGUUCGCUUCGUUUCUACAACCCAGAUAUGCACCGCAAAGUUACGGGUUUGGCUGAUGUUUCUCUCGACCUAAUCAAUGAGAUCGAAGACAAGGAAAUCAGGGAUGCCAUUCUCCUGCAGCAGAAAUAUGAGAAUUCUGUUGCCCAUUUGAAAUGA